AUGAGAGGAUCCCGCGGGACCCGGCUCGCGUGGCUGGCUCUUCUUGCGCAAAGAGCUCACGCCGCGUCUUCGUCAUCGAGCGUAUCGGUAGCUUGCAGCCUGGAGAGUCUCUCCGAGGAUGACCGGGAAUCAAUGCAACAGCACCGCAGGGGCCUCUUCAUCGACCCCGAUUGUGGGAAGUCAGGUAGACUGGGGGCAGGAGAAGAAGAGGAACGAUUGCAACAUGUUCAACCUCGGGACCAACUGCCGCCGUUGCUUCAACACCUGCGACGCUGCACUGACCUUCGCCUACGAGUUCCUCCUUACGAUGGCGCUGUUCUCUCGACGGACGCCGAGAUCGCCUUCUGUCCCGGAAGCGGCAUCACCUCGAUCGAUGACUGUGUGAACAGCGAGAGUCAACGCGCCCUGACCAACAACGGCGAGGGGCUGGGCGGUGAUGCCUUUGAUCCCAUGUACGGCUGGGAGCCCACACCGGCGCCCACAUCCGUGUCCUACCACUUCGACUUCGACGAGCCAACGCCGACGCCGGUGAUGUUGAUGGAAACACUGCAGCCGGUCGACGCCCGCCGUCCAUGGCCUCGCCACCCUGAAGCAACACCGGUACCGACAUCCCUGUCCAUCGACUUCGACUCCGACUACCCAACGCCGACACCGGUGACGGACGGCCCGCAGCCGGUCGACGCCCGCCGUCCCUGGCCUCGUCACCCCGAUUCGACACCGGUACCGACAUACCUUUCCUUCGACUUCGACUCCGACUACCCAACGCCGGCACCGGUGAUGGACAGCCAGCACCCGGUCGACGGCCGCCGCCCCCGGCCUCGCCACCCUGAAGUAACACCGGCACCGACAUAUCUGUCCUUCGACUUUGACUUCGACUACCCAACGCCGGCACCCGUGACAGAGGACCCGAAGCCGGUCGACGGCCGCCGCCCCCGGCCUCGCCACCCUGAAGCAACACCGGUACCGACAUCCCUGUCCUUCGACUUCGACCCCGACUACCCAACGCCGGCACCGGUGAUGGACAGCCAGCACCCGGUCGACGGCCGCCGCCCCCGGCCUCGCCACCCUGAAACAACACCGGUACCGACAUACCUGUCCUUCGACUUCGACUCCGACUACCCAACGUCGGCACCGGUGAUGGAGGGCCCGCAGCCGGUCGACGGCCGCCGUCCCCGGCCUCGCCACCCUGAAGCAAUACCGGUACCGACAUAUCUGUCCUUCGACUUCGACCCCGACUACCCAACGCCGGCACCCGUGACACAGGGCCCGCAGCCGGUCGACGGCCGCCGUCCAUGGCCUCACCACCCUGAAGCAGCACCGGUACCGACAUACCUGUCCUUUGACUUCGACUUCGACAUGACAACGCCAACACCAGUGAUGGAGGGCCCGAAGCCGGUCGACGGCCGCCGUCCCCGGCCUCGCCACCCUGAAGCAACACCGGUACCGACAUCCCUGUCCUUCGACUUCGACCCCGACUACCCAACGCCGGCACCGGUGACGGAGGGCCCGCAGCCGGUCGACGGCCGCCGUCCAUGGCCUCACCACCCUGAAGCAACACCGGCGCCGACAUACCUGUCCUUCGACUUCGACCCCGACUACCCAACGCCGACACCGGUGGCACAGGGCCCGCAGCCGGUCGACGGCCGCCGUCCCCGGCAUCGCCACCCUGAAGCAACACCGGCGCCGACAUACCUGUCCUUCGACUUCGACCCCGACUACCCAACGCCGACACCGGUUGCAGAGGGCCCGCAGCCGGUCGACGGCCGCCGUCCCCGGCCUCACCACCCUGAAGCAACACCGGUACCGACAUACCUGUCCUUCGACUUCGACUUCGACAUGACAACGCCAACACCGGUGAUGGAGGGCCCGGAGCCGGUCGACGGCCGCCGUCCCCGGCCUCGCCACCCUGAAGCAACACCGGUGCCGACAUACCUGUCCUUCGACUUCGACCCCGACUACCCAACGCCGGCACCGGUCACGGACGGCCCGCAGCCGGUCGACGGCCGCCGUCCCCGGCCUCGCCACCCUGAAGCAACACCGGUGCCGACAUACCUUUCCUUCGACUUCGACCCCGACUACCCAACGCCGGCACCGGUGAUGGAGGGCCCGAAGCCGGUCGACGGCCGCCGUCCCCGGCCUCGACACCCUGAAGCAACACCGGUACCGACAUACCUGUCCUUCGACUUCGACCCCGACUACGCAACGCCGGCACCGGUGACACAGGGCCCGCAGCCGGUCGACGGCCGCCGUCCCCGGCCUCGCCACCCUGAAACAACACCGGUACCGGCAUAUCUGUCCUUCGACUUCGACCCCGACUACCCAACGCCGUCACCGGUGACAGAGGGCCCGCAGCCGGUCGACGGCCGCCGUCCCCGGCCUCGCCACCCUGAAGCAACACCGGCGCCGAUAUACCUGUCCUUCGACUUCGACCCCGACUACCCAACGCCGUCACCGGUGAUGGAGGACCUGAAGCCGGUCGACGGCCGCCGUCCCUGGCCUCGACACCCUGAAGCAACACCGGUACCGGCAUACCUGUCCUUCGACUUCGACUUCGACUACCCAACGCCAUCACCGGUUACAGAGGGCCCGCAGCCGGUCGACGGCCGCCGUCCCCGGCCUCGACACCCUGAAGAAACACCGGUGCCAACAUAUCUGUCUUUCGACUUCGACCCCGACUACCCAACGCCGGCACCGGUGAUGGAGGACCCGAAGCCGGUCGACGGCCGCCGCCCCCGGCCUCGCCACCCUGAAGCAACACCGGUGCCGACAUACCUGUCCUUCGACUUCAACCCCGACUACCCAACGCCGACACCGGUGAUGGAGGACCCGAAGCCGGUCGACGGCCGCCGUCCCUGGCCUCGACACCCUAAUACAACACCGGCGCCGACAUCCCUGUCCUUCGACUUCGACUCCGACUACCCAACGCCGUCACCGGUGACAGAGGGCCCGCAGCCGGUCGACGGCCACCGUCCCCGGCCUCGACAGCCUGAACCAACACCGGCGCCGACAUCCCUGUCCUUCGACUUCGACUCCGACUACCCAACGCCGUCACCGGUGACAGAGGGCCCGCAGCCGGUCGACGGCCGUCGUCCCCGGCCUCGACACCCUGAAGAAACACCGGUGCCAACAUAUCUGUCCUUUAACUUCGACCCCGACUACCCAACGCCGACACCCGUGACAGAGGACCCGCAGCCGGUCGACGGCCGCCGUCCCCGGCCUCACCACCCUGAAGCAACACCGGUACCGACAUAUCUGUCCUUCGACUUCGACCCCGACUACCCAACGCCGACCCCGUUGACGGGGGGGCCGCAGCUGGUCGACGGCCACCGGCCCCGGCCUCGCCACCCUGAAGCAACACCGGUACCGGCAUACCUUUCUUUCAACUUCGACCCCGACUACCCAACGCCGGCACCUGUGACGGACGGCCCGCAGCCGGUCGACGUCCGCCGUCCCCGGCCUCGCCACCCUGAAGGAACGGCGGAGCCGACAUACCUGUCCUUCGACUUCGACCCCGACUACCCAACGCCGGCACCGGUGACGGAGGGGCCGCAGCCGGUCGACGGCCACCGGCCCCGGCCUCGCCACCCUGAAGCAACACCGGUACCGGCAUACCUUUCUUUCAACUUCGACCCCGACUACCCAACGCCGGCACCGGUAACAGAGGGCCCGCAGCCGGUCGACGUCCGCCGUCCCCGGCCUCGCCACCCUGAAGGAACGACGGAGCCGACAUCCCUGUCCUUCGACUUCGACUUCGACCCCGACUACCCAACGCCGGCACCGGUGACGGAGGGCCCGAAGCCGGUCGACGGCCGCCGUCCCCGUCCUCGUUACCCCGGUUCGACACCGGCACCGACGUCCCUGCAAUACCACUUCGGCCCCGACUACCCAACGCCGGCACCGGUGACAGAGGGCCCGCAGCCGGUCGACGGCCACCGUCCCCGGCCUCGCCACCCUGAAACAACACCGGCGCCGACAUACCUGUCCUUCGACUACGACCCCGACUACCCAACGCCGGCACCGGUGACGGAGGGGCCGCAGCCGGUCGACGGCCACCGGCCCCGGCCUCGCCACCCUGAAGCAACACCGGUACCGGCAUACCUUUCUUUCAACUUCGACCCCGACUACCCAACGCCGGCACCGGUAACAGAGGGCCCGCAGCCGGUCGACGUCCGCCGUCCCCGGCCUCGCCACCCUGAAGGAACGGCGGAGCCGACAUACCUGUCCUCCGACUUCGACCCCGACUACCCAACGCCGGCACCGGUGACGGAGGGCCCGAAGCCGGUCGACGGCCGCCGUCCCCGGCCUCGCCAACCUGAAGCAACACCGGUACCGACAUACCUGUCUUUCAACUUCAACCCCGACUACCCAACGCCGGCACCGGCAACAGAGGGCCCGCAGCCGGUCGACGGCCGCCGUCCCCGACCUCGCCACCCCGAAGGGACACCGGCGCCGACAUCCCUGUCCUUCGACUACGACGACCUAACCCCGGCGCCGCAGUCUGAAGGCCGGCAGCCUGUGUUCACUCCUGGGCAGCCAUCACCGCCAACCCCCAGCACGGCUCCGAGCUCACGGUCACCGACUGCGCCAGUGGAAGAGACGACGCCGGCUCCGGCUUCAUCCGGGAGGCACCAGUCGCCUUCUCCGGCGGUGGCACCGUCCCCGAUCUCCACAGCCCGCGACGCUUCACCAUCGCCAGCUACUAUUCUCACCCCGAGCCAUGACCCUUCCCACGACGCCACGCUGACUCCCGCUGGAGCCCCAGGCGCGUCACCAUUGCCAGCUACUGUGCCCGCCCCGAGUCUUGACCCUUCCACCGCUGCCACAAUGGCGCCCGCUGGAGGCAAGAACCAGGCGCCUUCACCCACGGACGCGCCUCGAACAGACCCUGCCGCGGCGCCCACGUCGACAACCAAGCCUCCGGUCGCCGCCCCAACCGCUGCCGCCCCCACCGCCGCCACCCCCACCGCCGUGGCACCUUCCAUGCCCUCGGCGCCUUCUCCCACCAUGCCUUCGGCGCUUUCUCCCAUCAUGCCGAGCGCCCCGACGCCUAUGUCCUACGACUUCGGCUUCGACGGGCCAACGCCGGCGCCUGUGAUAGAGGGCGUGCAGCCUGUCGCCACGCCUGGGAUGCCAUCACCGCCAUCUCCCAGCACGCCUCCGAGCUCGCCAUCACCGACGGCGCCAGCGGCAGAGACGACGACGGCUCCGGCUUCAUCCGACAGGCAACAGUCACCAUAUUCACCUUCACCUUCACCUUCUCCUUCCCCGGUGGUGGCGCCGGCCCCGAUCUCCACAGCCCCAGACGUUUCGCCAUCGCCAGCUGCUAGACCCGCCCCGAGCCAUGACCCUUCGCCCACUGCCACGCUGGCGCCCGCUGGAGGCCAGAACCAGGCGCCUUCGCCGACCGGGGUGCCUCCCGCCAUGCCGAGCUCCCCGACAUCCAUGUCCUACGACUUCGGCUUCGACGGACCAACGCCGGCGCCUGCGUCGGAGGGCCUGCAGCCUGUCGCCACGCCCGGGCAGCCAUCACCGCCAACCCCCAGCACGCCUCCGAGCUCACGGUCACCGACAGCGCCGGUGGAAGAGACGACGACGACGGCUCCGGUUUCAUCCGACAAGCGCCAGUCAUCAUCUUCACCUUCGCCUUCACCUUCUCCUUCCCCGGUGGUGGCGCCGGCCCCGAUCUCUACAGCACCAGACGAUUCACCGUCGCCAGCUGCCCUACCCGGCCCAACCGCCGCCGCCCCAACCGCCGCCGACGCGCCAACCGCCGCCGCACCCCCCACGGCCGCUGCCGCGCCUGCCACGCCUCCGGUGCCUUCUCCUACCAUGCCUUCGGCGUCUUCUCCCAUCAUGCCCAGCGCCCCGACCGCCAUGUCCUACGACUUCAAAAUCGACGACACAACGCCGGCACCUGUGUACGAGGGCCUGCAGCCGUCGCCAACGGGAGCGCCUCGAACAGACCCCGCCGCGGCGCCCACAUCGACUACCGAGUCACCGGCCGCCGCCCCCACCGCCGCCGCCCCCACCACCGCCCCAACCGCCCCGGCCACGCCUUCGGCGCCUUCUCCCACCAUGCCGAGCGCCCUGACGUCUACCCCACCCACCGGUGCUGUUCAGGAGCCCGCAGCGACUCCAGAGCCCAUCUCCCAGCCAAGCGAGAGGGGGGCCGUGGCACCCACCACCGCCGGUACUACCCCCGCGCCUUCGACGCCGGGGGGCUCGUGGACUCAAGCACCGGCCACCGCAGGAGCUCUACCACCGGUAUCUGGGGACGUCUUCACCUGCCCGCCGCCCGUGCCUUGCAUCUGCGAAGCGCCUGCCGAACCCACGCCUACGGCAGCACCGACAUCGGACGCAACAUCGGUGGCGGCGGCGGCGGGGGUUACCACCGCCCCAGCUGCGAUGCCCACGGCCUCUCAUCCAGGAAUGCCCACGAGUAACACGCCCUCACCCACGCACGACGGAAGCCUCCCGAUGGCGACGCCCUCGCCGACACCGACACCGACGCCGCAUAACCACACCGCACCCACCAUGCCCGGCGGGUCUGACUCGAGCACCGACGAGUUCGAAGACGACGACGACGGGCUCUUCUACUUGCCGGAAGACUUCGACUCGAUCGACGGCUUCCAGGACGACGACAAUUUCUUCUACUUCCCGGAUGGCGAGUUCGACGAGCCCGGCGCGACCCCCGCUCCUCGUGCAACCCCCGCUCCUGUCGCCGGCCGCUCGCAGCCUCACACCCCGAUGCCGGCGGUGGUGGCUGACGAGGAGGUGGAGGAGGUGGACUGCGUGUCGCUCCUCUCUCCCGAGAUGUCGACGGAGCUAGCCCAAAAGGACAAGGGUGUCUACUACGAGAAGGACUGCCAGGGCCUGCACUGCAACAUGUUCGGGAUUGGCUGGGACUGCAGGGCCUGUUACAUGGACUGUGCCGCCUGCGAGGGGGACCAGGAAGACCUGGGAACGGCGGACCUCGCGAUGUGCCCCUCCGAAUUCCCGAGGAUCGGAGGCCAGACCCAGACCUGUAUCUCGACCUGCAGCGCCACGCGCAAGACCCGGUAUCGCCGCCGCCUCCGCGGGCAGUAA